AUGGAACUUCGCUUCGAGAAGAAGCAGGCCAGCACCAGCAGCAAGACGGCCAGCAGCAACAGCGUCGUGGCGCAGCGCUCGCUCAGCGGUGGGCAUCGGCGUGUCGGUCGAUGGGCCUCGCUGCGGCGCCACAAGCUCCACCCCGACGACGACGACGUUGAAGACGACGACGAGCUCGUGAUGCACGUACCAGGCGGCCAGCGCGGCGGCGCCAUCCACGGAAGCUUGCGGCACUUCAAGUCCAUCCCCUCCAACUCGCCAUCGCCAGCUUCGCGAACCGCGCGUAGCGACAAGGUGAAGAAGAUGAAGAACGACCCGCCCGAGGCCAAGGUGGACAAACGAGCCAAGCCCAACAAGACAACGAAGAAGGCCAGCAAGACGAAGAAGGCCAAGGAGGCCGAGACCGAGACCGAGGACGAGGAGCCCACCCGAGUACGAGUCGUGCGGGCCUUCGGCCUCUCGCGUAGCGGCAAGCACAAGGUGUCGUCCGACCUGGUACCGCCCAGCAGCACCAGCGGCAGCCACAGCAGCAUCGGCAGCAGCAGAGACCAGGAGCGAGCCGCGCCCUACUACUGCGUGGUGCAGGUGGCGCCCGUGGAGAUGAAGGGCCAGCCGCCCGUGCGCACCCCGCCCACCAAGAAAACGCCUCCCCUCCUACGCACCACCCUCGAGGGCCGCCUUUGCAACUACGGCGGGCUGCGCGUGGAGGAGGUGGAGUGGGACCAGGUCGUGGAGAUACCAAGCGAUGGCCCCCAGGAGCUGAUCGUCGAAUUCCGGGUGUAUGCGCGUCGGAGGUACCUGCCAGAUAGGCUGGUGGGGCGAGCCGAGCUCAGCUUGCGGGGCGGCCAACGCGCCCAGCCGCCGAACAAGCGCGCUGUACGCCAGCGCUUCCGCACGCUCGUGCUGGAGAAGGGCGACGCCGAACCCCGCGCGCUGCUCGAGAUCAUCUUCGACCCGCCCCACAGCCAGCGCCCCGCCCCCGGCUCCCCCAAGCCGGAGUGGCCAUUCCUGUGUUCGGGCGUGGAGGCCGUGCGUCUGCUGGCCUACGGCCGCGGAGACAUGCACCUCGAGCGGAGCUUCCUGGGCAUGCUCCCGCCGGAGCUCGUGGAGCGGCUGUGCGAGCUGGUGGAGCGCAACACGGGCUUUGACCCGUUCCGCGACGGCGAGGCCACGCCCGCCGCGCAACGCGAUCGCCAGUUCCUGGUCGACACCAUGCGCCAGCGCGCCACGUCGGCCACCCACCGGUGGAAGGUGAUGCGGGUGCGAUCGGUGCCCGCCCACGCGCUCGCGCGUCAGUCCAUGGGCGCCACGUCGGCAUCGCCGUCGCGGUCUCUGUGCCUUCCCCAAAACGCACUGAGCCCCGCCCGCCCGCGCACGAGCUCGAUGGACGUGCAGGCCACGCCCGACGAAUCGAGCGGCAGCGUCGCCGCUGUCGUGGGGCCUCCUUCGCCUUUCCUCUCCCGCCCCGUGGUCUCUUCUUCCUCCUCCUCCUCUUCCGCAGCCACGCCGCACCGCUACACGAGCCUCUUCUUCUGGCACCCGCAGGACCUCGAAGACCCCGUCAUCGUGCGCGGCAGCCGCCGAAAGGGCUACCUCACCUGCCGGGCUGUCGAGGCGGGCAACGAGCACACGCUGACGGACAAGCACACGGUGUGCUACCUGCAGUCGACCUCGCGAUCCGACCAGACCUUUAUGAUGCGCGAGUUCAAGGAGGCCACCCACAAGGCCUUUGUCUGGAAUGAGGACACGCUGGCGGACUACGUGCAGGCCAUCGAGAAACGCCUGCAGACGGUGGCCAUACUCGAGCAGCAGCGCCGCAUGCUCAUCGGCGGAGUUCCCGCUCUGGGCUGCACGUUCGCCAUCUCCGUGCCAGCUCGAGCUGUUCACACCGUGCACAAGCGGGGCCUGCGGGAGUACGAACUCGUCAGCGUGUGGUUUGUCGUCAUCGAUCGGUCGUGCUUCCAGUUCCAGUUCACCACGUGCACGCAGAAUCCCUCGCAGUCGCUGUGCGCGGCGCUGCUGGCCCACCGCAAGGUCGAGGAGUCCAACUUCAUGUGGAUGCUCCGCUCCUUCGGCUGGCGACACGAGGUCUACCCACCACGCAACAAGCAAGCCCCGCCCCCGCCGCAGGCCACCACCUCCUCAUCAUGUAGUUAG